UUCUACUUUAAAGACCCAAUUUAAUGGCUAUUCGAGCAGUAGAAUAUAGAGGAAUUUCAAGUAUUCUUGUCGAUUGAAGCCUGAUCCUCUGUGAAAUAAAUUGGGUAUUGGAUUGGACAAGCAAAAAAAAAAGGGAUGACAUUUUUUCCCGAUUUCGAUUUGAUUGUAUCGAAUUCGGUCCUAUUCUGGUGGGAAUUCUGCGCUUCCCGUGGAUGUUGGUGCUAGGAGGAGCACAGUGACGGCAUUUGAGAUGGAAGCAUUAAAGGCUAUAAAUAAAUCAAAUUACUGUUCCUGAUAUAGCUUUAAGGCAGAAUCUGAAUUGCUGACACUGCCAAAGGGUGAAAGUGGACUGUGCCAGCGAAGGAAAUAUGCGAAAAGGGUUGGAUUCUAGUUCGACGUGCGGCCCGUUUCUGACAUCAAGCGAGUGCAAGUUUAACGAGCUGCAUUGGAGUGCUCUUGCGCUAAAUGUAAUAAAUUAAAAUUCAAUUAUGAUGAGACAGAUUGACGCUCGAGUGGGUGAAGAGGAAAAUCGAUUUGUGCUCGGACUCCGACUCCGUUACAGAUUCGAACCAUCCGAACUUUGGGAUGGAAGAUGAAUGAAAAUUGCCACACUUGAAAAAAAAAAGGAUCAAUUUAAAGUUGUAGUUGUAGUUCCUAAUCAGUUAGUCAAAAGACGUAAGGUGAAUCUGUUUUGGGAACAAUGCUGCUGCGAGUAGCCGUGAUAUUGAUGUGGUUUCGGGAGCUUUUGCCGGGUUUGCUUUCCGUUCCGGUUGUGCCGUCUUCGUCGUCGUCGUCGUCGUCCUCGUCGUUGUCGGGGAUGAACUUUGAAAACUACUCACAUGCACCGGGAUUUGCGGUGAAAAGCAGAAUCCUGAGAAGUAUAGAUAAAUCAGUGCUGCUGGUAAACGAAACCAAGGUUUUGAACAGAAAUUCCAUCAAUACGGCUUUUGAGCGGACGAGACCGGCAUCCGGUGGGUCCAGGAGGAUGCGCGAGGUGUCGAUACUGGGAUUGUUCGAACUGAGCACCCGCCAUGGAGUGCGGAAGGAAGGCUACAGUGAACUGGCGGCCGCACAGCUGGCCGUACAACACAUCAAUCGAAGGGGGUUGCUGCUGGGAUACACUUUGAAAUUGUUGACCAAUGAUACCAAGUGCGAUCCCGGUGUUGGCAUUGAUCGAUUCUUUCACGCAUUAUACACGUAUCAAGAAAAGCGCAUUAUUAUGGUGCUGGGUUCGGCGUGCUCCGAAGUCACAGAGAGUUUAGCAAAAAUAGUACCGUAUUGGAAUAUUGUGCAGGUAUCGUUCGGUUCCACAUCUCCUGCGCUCAGUGAUCGUAGUGAGUUCCCACUGUUCUAUCGAACAGUCGCACCCGAUUCGUCACACAACCUGGCACGGAUAGCCUUUAUUAAGUAUUUUGGCUGGGACACGGUCGCUACUUUUUCCGAGAACGAGGAGGGACAUUCGUUGGCCAUCAAUGAUCUGGUGACCGAGCUGGAACGUGCCAAUAUUACGUGCGCCGCGACAAUUUCCUUCGCCGAGACCGAUUUCAAGGAACAACUGAAGUUGCUACGGGACAAGGACAUACGGGUGAUCAUCGGAAGUUUCUCGCACGAAAUUGCAGCGAAGGUUUUCUGCGAGGUCUACCAGUUGGGAAUGUUUGGAGCAGACUACGCAUGGAUUUUACAGGAUACCGAGGUUAUCUCCUACUGGUGGCUGAUGCAGGACGUAUCGUGCCCUCUUUCGAGUAUGCUGAAGGUAGUCCAGAAUGUGGUACUCGUUUCCAGUUACAACGGCAUCGUAGGCACCGGAACGGCUCUCAGUGGUUUGACCAACGAUCUAUUUCUUCGGAAGCUGUUGGAUAUGAACGCCACUGGACCGGUAUCUCGUUUCGCUCCUCAAACCUACGAUGCAGUUUGGGCAAUGGCCUUGGCACUGCGAGGAGCCGAACGAACCUGGACCCAGGUGCCCCGGUCGAAUAGAACCCGACUGGCUCACUACGACUACACUCGGUUCGAUAUCGCCAAGGAACUGCUUCGACAAUUCGACAGCCUACAGUUCAAUGGAAUAUCGGGACCGGUUUCGUUUAACGGUGCCGAUCGGGUGGGAACUACCUCGUUCCAUCAGAUCCAAACUGGCGGACUGCGGCUGGUUGCAUUUUACUAUCCGAAAAAUAACACACUGGAUUUCAGCUGCCGGAAGUGUGGCUCGGUGCAAUGGGAAUCGGGACAGGUUCCCAUUGCAAAGCGCAUUCUCAAAUUAAGGGUAGACUCGAUAGCACCAUUGGCUUUCUACACCGUGGUUAUUCUGUCGACCGUUGGCAUCGCAAUGUCUUUUCUUUUUCUCGGUCUUAAUUUGCGAUUCAGGAAGUUGAGAGCAAUCAAACUUUCAAGCCCAAAAUUAAGCACGAUCACUGUCUGUGGAUGUAUUCUGGUUUACGUGGCAACGAUUUUACUGGGCAUGAACCACGCCACAUUGUCGUGGCCUUCGGUUAGUUUUUCCACGAUCUGUAUGGCAAGAAUCUACUUUCUGUCGGCGGGUUUCUCACUUGCCUUCGGAUCCAUGUUUGCUAAAACCUUCCGAGUUUAUCGACUGUUUACGCUCAGUGCCGGAGGACUGUGCAAGGAUAAGAUUCUACGGGACACCCAGUUGAUUUCGAUGAUCGGAGUCCUGCUGCUGUUGGAUGCUUGUGUGGUUUCGUUUUGGAUGACGGCAGAUCCGAUGGAACGAUAUUUGCAUAAUCUAACGUUGGAGAUCAGUACUACGGAUCGCAGCUUGGUGUUUCUACCACAGGUCGAACUUUGCCGAUCGAGACACUACGAAAGCUGGCUCGGAACGUUGUAUGCUUACAAGGGGCUUCUGUUGAUCGUGGGCGUUUAUAUGGCGUGGCAAACAAGGCACGUAAAAAUUCCCGCUUUGAACGAUUCGCAGUACAUUGGAGUGUCGGUUUACAGUGUUGUGAUCACCAGUGCUACGGUUGUCCUGUUGACGAAUUUACUGUACGAAAGAGUAACUCUGGCAUUCGUGAUUACCUCCGCGUUUAUUCUGGUCUCGACGACGGCCACGCUAUGUCUUUUGUUUCUUCCUAAAGUGAAGGGAAUUUUCGGUAAGGGAGAAGUAUACGAUCCUGUGAUUCACAGUGUUGGCCUAAAACUGGAGUGUAACACGCGUAGAUUCGUUGUGGAUGAUCGACGGGAGCUACAGUUUCGUGUGGAGGUUCAGAAUCGAGUUUAUCGGAAAGAGAUAGAAGUGUUGGACGCCGAAAUCAAGCGCCUGGAGCGACUUCUGGUAGAAGGAUCUUCUUUGGCUUCCUCGGGAUCAUCGGAAACCACCAUCAAACCAUACGAGGGCCAGGAAUCAGCUACUGCAGUUUCGCCAAAGAUUCCUACUGCCUCCAGUGCAUUGCCGAUGCUUUUGCUUUCAGUUCUGCCGCCUGUCAUUCCCAGAGCUAGCUGGCCUACGGAAGAUUUCAUGCCAUCUCCGAUGAAACGGAAUUUUGCGUUCAGUUCUCAACCGCAGAUUGAUUCCGACGAGCAGCAAGAUGAAAACAAAGGUGGAAUUAUCGACCGGAUCCGAUGUUUUCUAGGUUCACGAAUGCACAAAACUACAUCCGUUUCCGUUCUCGGUGGUGCUUCUGCUGCAGUUCGUCGGCCUUCCGUGUUGACCAUAUUUGCCGAAGUGGAUGCGGAAAAUGAGACACCCGUUGCGGUAGAUCAGAACGGUGCCGAAGUUUAUGUGUCUCAAAAUUUACGUUCGGCCGGAUCAGAGCCGAGGGUUAAUUUCCUGUUGGAUGUUUCGAGACGAUCAUCCAUCACCGGACAGAAAACUCCACCGACACUGCGUGAAAGAAUCAAAGGUUCACCGAGAUUUCCGCAUCGGGUUUGUCCGGUUGCGAACAUGACAAAGCUGGGUGAUCGUGCCAAAUUGAGCUUUUUGACGGUGAAAAGUUGUGAUGUGCUGGAACGGAAGAACGACGAUUGGAAGACAAACUGGAAAUCGGCGGAUCAGUUCUCGAAAAGUGUCGGACAGUGUUAGAUUCGGAAGCAACCCGGGCCUCGAGAGGUUUCAAAGCAAGACCAACAAUUUUGACCACAAAACACUAGGAUGUUAACAUUAGAGUCUAUAUCAUACUACUGCGUGCUGUGUUCGGUAGAGCAAUAAAGUCGAACUUCUAGACCUUUUUUGUUGUAAUUUCAUUGUACCGAAUUUUGCUUAGACUGUAGGAAAUAUAAUAUUUUGAUUUUAUUUGAUCGAGAAGCUGUUCAACAGCAAACGGAUAAUGGGUAAGACGAUGCCUUUCACGCAGUCUCCUGGGUUCGAUUCCCAACCCUCGCACAGAGGGUAUGAACCAAGAAACGAAUAGCCACAAGGUUAGAACCAGAACGGGGUUGAUGGGGAA